AUACAUAUAUUAAAGUGUUGGACAGCACAUCAUUACAUGCAAUAAUUUUCGUGGAAAAAAAUUGAAUUAUUUUUUGAAUAGGGUUUGGUUGGUUGGGUGUGAGUGAGAAUGAAGAUGUCGCGGGUGGCAACACUGCAAUUCGCGGCGUUUCAGGUUUUGGUUGUUUUGUUGAGUGUGGGUUCUGAUUACAUACCCCCUUCAAGAUUUGAUGGAUUUGUCUACGAAAAUGGGUCGUUGAAUUUGUUGGAUACUAUUUUGAUCGAAGCGUUUUAUGAUCCUGUGUGCCCAGACAGCAGGGAUUCAUGGCCACCACUCAAACAAGCUCUUCGUCACUAUGGUUCACGAGUUUCGCUCCUUCUUCACCUCCUCCCUUUACCUUACCACGACAAUGCUUUUGUUACCUCUCGUGCUUUGCACAUCGUGAACACGUUAAACGCAUCUGCAACGUUUCCCUUGCUGGAGUGGUUCUUCAGCCAUCAGGAGAAAUUCUAUGGGGCUCAAACACGGAACUUGUCUAGGGCUUUUGUUAUAGAGGAGAUAGUGAAGUCUGCAACAAAAGUAGUUGGGAGAUCUUAUUAUAACGCCAUAAAGAAUGGCUUCAAUGACACAAAAUCUGAUUAUCAGACCAGAAUUUCUUUUAAGUAUGCUGCUUCGAGAGGGGUGUAUGGAACGCCUUUUUUCUAUGUCAAUGGAUUCUUGUUGUCUGAUACUGGAGCUUCCAUUGACUACAAGGCUUGGAGGAAGAUCAUUGACCCAUUGGUUGGUGCUAAGAAGGGUGUCAACCGUAAUGAAGAGUCCCCUCAUUUGUACUUAUAAAGAUUGUAGGUGUAUAAAGAAGUCCAGUUGCAUUAGGACUUUAUUAGUGAAGGAAUCUAAAGAAUGCGUCGGCUGACUCAUUAUAGGUGCUGGUGCCAAGAAUGCAACAAUGGGAUCAAAUGUUAUAAAACAUUCCUUAGUCCUUUCAUAUACAUAAAAGUCAUGGGUUGGACUAUAUGGUACAGGGGGUAAUUAUGUGAUAUGGGAUAUAUUAAAACAUUCCUUAGUCCUUAUGCCUAUGUUUGAAAAGAUAGAAUGGAAUGGGAUGUAUUAAAAUAUAAUGAAAAGUAAUAGAAUAAAAUCUUCUAUACAUUGUUUGGAUA